CCAAUAAACCACCUCAGGCUUGUGUCUAAAUAUGAUGAUUCAGUGGAGCUUUUCUCAUCUCACUCCUCCUUCUAACGUCACUGUUAGAAUAUAAACCCUGGUCUCUAUGUGAGCAAUUUGUAUCAUAAUCUCAGUCAGAUUGUAGCAGUGAGGAGGGGCUUCCACUUUUCUGCUAUCCGAGACUUUUUCAGCUCCCUUCCUCCCAAAUGGACGACUGGAGGCAUUCCUGUGGGAUCUUUGCAGAUCUCCCCUUUAGGAUGGAGUCAUCCUGCCUGGACUUGGCUCUUGAAGGUGAGCGGCUCUGUAAGGCGGGUAACUAUCGCGCCGGCGUGUCUUUUUUCGAAUCAGCCUUGCAAGUUGGAACAGAGGAUCUUCAAAUUCUCAGCGCCAUCUACAGCCAGCUGGGAAAUGCCUACUUUCACCUACAAGAAUAUAAUAAAGCGCUAGAGUACCAUCGACAUGACCUUACUCUAACUAGAACAAUUGGAGAUGAACUUGGAGAAGCUAAAGCUAGUGGCAAUCUUGGAAACACAUUAAAGGUUUUAGGAAGAUAUGGGGAAGCUGUCGUUUGUUGCCAAAGACAUUUGGAUAUUACAAGGGCCGUGGUUGAUAAGGUUGGGCAGGCUCGAGCGCUGUAUAAUUUUGGAAACGUUUACCACGCCAAGGGUAAGAGCAUCUGCUGGAGUGGAACAGAGCCAGGAGAUUUUCCAGAGGAGGCUAGAAUUGCCCUCAGGAAAGCAGCACAUUACUAUGAAGCCAAUCUGUCCCUAGUGAAGGAGUUGGGUGAUCAUGCAGCUCAAGGUCGGACCUAUGGGAAUCUUGGGAACACCUACUAUCUCCUGGGUGACUUUGAAAAUGCCGUAGCUGCUCAUGAAAAGCGGCUUCUCAUUGCUAAAGAGUUUGGUGACAGGUCUGCAGAGCGGAGGGCUCACUGCAAUCUCGGGAACGCAUACAUAUUCCUGGGCAAGUUCGACAUGGCAGCCAGUCACUACAAGAAGACUCUCCAGCUGGCCAGGCAGUUGAAAGACAAGGCAGUGGAAGCUCAGGCAUGCUACAGUCUGGGCAACACCUACACACUGCUGCAGGACUACGAGAGAGCCAUAGAUUAUCAUCUCAAACAUCUGGUCAUUGCUCAGGACCUAAAUGACCGAGUGGGUGAAGGAAGAGCGUACUGGAGCUUAGGAAAUGCCCACACUGCCCUUGGGAAUCAUGAGAGCGCUAUGUUAUUCGCUGAAAAACAUCUGGAAAUUGCCAAAGAGACCGGAGAUAAGAGCAGUGAAGUGACCGCCAGGAUGAACUUAUCUGACUUACGGCUCGUGGUUAACUUAAAGUCAAACUCCAGCUUGAAUCACAUGUUCAGCAACAGUAAUACCAACAACUCUGGGUUGGCAGAAAAUAUUCAGGGCUACAUCACCCUGCCAGGGUGUAAGUCAUCUUUGAGAAGGAAAGGGAGCGGAGAAACCAUGGAACGGAGUCAGAGUCCCAAUAAAACUGAGAAAGAAGAGCCACAUCAGGACUGGGACGGGCAUCUCUUUCCCGGCUCAUCAAAAAACAACACAAUCAAGGCAUCUACUAAGCUUUUUCUCUUCCACCGACUGAAAAGCAAGAAACACAAGAACAGCAAAUCUAAAGAGAACUUGGAAAACUGCAGUGAGCACGCAGUCCCGGAGCAGGACUCGCCUGUCCCUUCUAAGUCAACAGCCCAUGAUACCAUAGGGGACGACAACUUUUUUGACCUCCUCUCCCGUUUCCAAGGGAACAGAAUGGACGACCAAAGGUGUACACUGGAUGACCAGAGCCCUCCCUCCGCCCCAUCCUCCCCUUCCUCUAGCUUACCCGUAGCUGAGGGGAAAUGUAUUUCAGAACACGAAACUCCAUCACAGGAUCCUGGUCAUUUCCUGGAGCUGCUGGCCAGCUCCCAGGCCCGUCGUCUGGACGACCAAAGAGUCAGCCUCAACCAGUUUCCUGGCUUGCGUCUCAACAGCUGCAACCAGCCUCCUACACCCUUCACCUCCAGCAAAGACCAGGCACAGUCUCAAGCACUAGUCUCAAGUGCAGAUACUCCUCACGCACCCUCCCUGUACAACCACCUCGAGGACAGCGCUGAAGGGCCAGAAGGAGAUGAAGUCUUCUUUGACAUGCUUGUAAAAUGCCAGGGCUCCAGACUGAACGACCAGCGAUGUGCUGCUCCAACUUCUACAGCUAUGGGGCCGACGGUUCCAAACGAGGACUUUUUUAGUCUCAUCCUGCGUUCCCAGUCUAAGCGGAUGGAAGAACAGCGGGUCCCAGCUCCCUCCGGGGCCACUCAGACAAAACCCGGCUGACUAUGUGCAGAGAUUCAGGACCUAAAAUGAAGUGGAUUGACUCAUGCCUUUUUCUGACAACAUUCCUGAAAGUUGAUGUAAAAAAAAAAAAAAUUUAAAUUUUAUGAAGGGAUCAAGAUUUCAGAAGUGGCAUAAAGGGAAUUAUUUUAUUUUAUUUUUUUGAAGAACUUCAUAUUUUUAGUUGAUGGCCUUCAUUUUGGGUAACAAACUGACUUUUCAAUCAGCGAAGUCCUUCUCAGUGAUGUCUGCUCACAAUGGAGAAUUACAACAAAAUAAUAAAUUAUGCAGGAUUGAGACAACUAAACAAACAAAGAAGAAUUUACUUAUUUUUUUCUAUUCCAGAUGAAUAUAUGUGAACUUUCAGUUUCAAAAUGUACGUUUAUUUUACAUGCUGCUGGACAAUGGAGCCUUUUACACUACCAGUUUUUUGUACAAUACCUUUUUUAAGUUUUACUGUUUAAGGUCAUCUUAUGACUUGUAUAUUACGGUAACAUUUUCUUUGCUCUGAAACAAACCUAGAUGGUGAUCCAGUGUGUUGUUUGGAGGCAAAAUAG